CAUCUUUACCGCUUGGAAAGUAAUAUUUAUACCCAGCAUUAAAAACGUAGUAGCUAUUUAAAGGUCUUAAUGGUAGUAGGCAUAUAAUAAAAGAUGAACGAAACUUUUAAUGCAUAAAAAUGUAUUAUUAAAAUAUAAAUUAUUUGUAAAUGAAUAUCAGACAAGAACAAAAAUUAAAGAACACUUUAUCAAAAGUUAUUGAUAUAAUAUAUAUACAUAUAUGGUUAAAAAAUUUCUCAACUUUAUUUAUAAUAAACUCAUUACUAUAAAUAUAUAAUAAUUAAUUUAACAAAUAUAAUAUUUUUUAAAGCAAACUAUAGUUCAGUAGUUAUAAAAUCAAUAAGUUUGCAUGGACUUUAUUUACAUAAAGUAAAUUCUAAACACAAAUGUAUACGAAAUGGAUCGUUCGGCCAUAUUCUGUUGUAUUGAACCGAUUGUAUGUUGAUAGUAUUCGUGCGCUGGGUUAACUCGGCCCGAUUGUCAGUCUUUGUGUGUUCGCUCUUCGAUCUUCUGGUAGCUGUGAAAAAUUUACUAAAAAUAUUUAACAAUAUUUAAACAGGGAACACACUUUAGAUUUGCCAUUAAAAAACGUAAAAAUUACAAGUACACACGUUUAAAAACGCAAAUAGCUAACCAAUAUGGCUGACGUAAUGAAUAUUGACAGCAUAAUUUCACGAUUGUUGGAGGUGCGUGGUGCAAGGCCUGGAAAGAAUGUUCAAUUAUCGGAGAGCGAAAUUCGUGGGCUUUGUCUAAAGUCGCGUGAGAUAUUUCUAUCACAACCUAUUUUGCUUGAAUUGGAGGCACCAUUAAAAAUCUGUGGAGACAUUCACGGUCAGUAUUAUGAUUUGUUGCGUCUCUUCGAAUAUGGCGGUUUUCCACCAGAAUCCAACUACUUAUUUUUGGGAGAUUACGUUGACCGUGGAAAGCAAUCUUUGGAGACUAUUUGCUUGCUUUUGGCGUACAAGAUUAAAUAUUCUGAGAACUUCUUCCUGUUGCGUGGUAAUCAUGAGUGCGCCAGUAUAAAUCGCAUCUAUGGCUUUUACGACGAGUGCAAACGUCGCUAUACCAUAAAAUUGUGGAAAACUUUCACGGACUGUUUCAAUUGUUUACCAGUUGCUGCCAUCGUUGACGAAAAAAUAUUUUGCUGCCAUGGUGGUCUCAGUCCUGAUUUGUCGUCAAUGGAACAAAUUCGACGCAUAAUGAGGCCAACAGAUGUCCCCGACCAAGGUUUGCUUUGUGAUUUGUUAUGGUCUGAUCCCGACAAGGAUACUAUGGGCUGGGGUGAGAAUGAUCGUGGAGUUAGUUUCACAUUUGGCGCUGAAGUUGUUGGUAAAUUUCUUCAAAAACAUGAUUUUGAUUUGAUUUGCCGUGCUCAUCAAGUGGUCGAAGACGGCUACGAGUUUUUCGCAAAACGGCAAUUGGUGACGCUGUUUUCAGCACCUAACUAUUGUGGUGAAUUUGACAAUGCCGGCGCUAUGAUGUCUGUGGAUGACUCUUUAAUGUGCUCGUUUCAGAUAUUGAAACCGGCAGACAAACGUAAAAAAUAAGCGAAACACAUAGUCGCUGCUGCAAGUGCACCAAUAGAAACAUCAACAGUAACAACACACUAUAAUAGUAAUAUGUCUAAACAAGAAUAUAGCAACAGCAAAAUAUAAGACGAAGUAAUUGUUAAAAAGUUGAUUUGAUAUAUAAAAUCAAAAGGGGAAGGAAAACAACCAGUUUUACAGACAUGGAGCUAAGAAGUAAACAAACAAUGCAGAGAGAUGAAAGAAACAAAAAAAAAAAACACAAAUUAAACAAAAACAUUAAAUUAACAAAAAUACUUUUUCUUAAAUUUUACUUAAAUGUAAUACAUGUAAUUGCAUGAAUAAAUCAACAACAAACGGCA